UGACACCAAUUAACCAAUCAAGGCGUAAUUGGGAGCAGCGUGCCAAUCGCCGGUCUCCUCGAGCAGCGUGAGCACGUGACACCGUCAUUGGAUUGGGUGGCUGUCAAUUCUGCCCAGUUACCACAGGCCACGCCCCCCGACACACGCCCAUCUCCAUUGACCGCGGCGAGGCAGUGUGGCGUGGCGUGGCGUGGCGUGAGGGAACCGGGCUGGGAGGCGUGGACGCUGCGCACACGGCGAGGGAACGCGUGCACCCGUCUUCCCGUCUUCCCUUCGUGAGCAAACUAAGCUAACGGUGUUUUUCCUCCGCUUUUUUUCCCUCGUCUUCGUGUGCCGGGAACUCCGCUCGCCUCCGGACCCUCCAGACGGAUGCAAGCGACGGUGACGAGCUCCCAGACGCCGCUGCUCUGCUUUAUUUUACUUUUAUCCGUGAGCUUUAGCGCUGAAACAGCUCUGCCUUUGCGGGUUUAAUGCCAUUUACCAGCGCUCAGGACUCCAGUUCUCCGUUGUCGCCGCUGGAGGCGAGCCUGAGGGGGGCCAUGCCGGCUCGGUCCCAGUAGGGAGGGAGACAGACAGGUCGGUCGGGAGCAGCUCGAGGGUGCAGACGGUCAGAGAAGGAGGAGCAGAGGCAGCAUGGCGAACACGGCCAAGUUCAAAAAGGAAAAGGAGAUCCUGACGGAGUACGAGAGCCAAGUGAAAGAGAUCCGCUCCCAGCUGGUGGAGCAGCAGAAAUGUCUGGAACAGCAGACGGAGAUGCGGGUGCAGCUGCUGCAGGACCUGCAGGAUUUCUUCCGUAAGAAAGCUGAGAUAGAGAGCGAGUACUCGCGCAACCUGGAGAAGCUGGCCGAACGCUUCAUGGCCAAAACACGCAGCACCAAGGACCACCAGCAGUACAAGAAAGACCAGAACCUACUGUCUCCUGUGAACUGCUGGUACCUGCUGUUGAACCAGGUGAGGAGAGAGAGCAAAGACCACGCCACACUCAGUGACCUCUACCUCAACAACGUCAUCACACGCAUCUCGCACGUCAGCGAGGACAACACACGCCUGCUCAAGAAGAGUAAAGAGAUCACUUUCCAGCUGCAGGAGGACCUGAUGAAGAUUCUUAACGAGCUCUACACGGUGAUGAAGACCUACCACAUGUACCACAGCGAGACUCUGAGCGCAGAGACGAAGCUAAAGGAGGCGGAGCGUCAGGGUGAGAGACAGGGUCGCGGGGGCGAAGUCUUCGGCCUGCGCAACGAGGAGCGCCAUCAGCGCCGCAACGCUGCCCGCAAAAUCCAGAAGAUGAAGGAGAAGCGCCAGGCCAAGUACUCAGAGAACAAGCUGAAGGUUAUGAAGGCUCGCAACGAGUAUCUGUUGACUUUGGAAGCUGCGAACGCAGCUCUGUUUAAGUACUACAUCCAGGACCUGUCCCACCUGAUUGACUGUUGUGACCUGGGUUACCACGCCAGUCUGAGUCGCGCCUUGCGUACGUACCUGUCGGCAGAGUACAGCCUGGAGACGUCCCGGCACGAAGGCCUGGACAUCGUUGAGGGGGCAGUAGAGAGCCUAGACCCACGUAGUGACCGUCAGCGCUUCAUGGAGACCCACCCCACUGCUUUCACCCCCCCAGCACGCUUCACCUUCCAACCACACAUGGGUGACCAGGUGAGUCAGCUCACAGCGUUGCCGCAGGUGCAGGCUGAGCUUCUGCUCCGCUACCAGCAGCUCCAGUCUCGUCUCGCCACACUGAAGAUCGAGAACGAGGAGGUGAAGAAGACGUCAGAGGCCACUCUGAGCACCAUCCAGGACAUGCUGAACAUGGAGGACUAUGACGUGUCUGAGAGCUUCCAGCACAGCCGCUCCACAGAGUCUGUCAAAUCCAGCGUGUCCGACACCUACCUCAGCAAACCCAGCCUGGCCAAGCGCAGGGCCAACCAGCAGGAGACGGAGCUCUUUUAUUUUACCAAGCUGCGCGAGUAUCUGGAAGGCAGUAACCUCAUCUCCAAACUGCAGGCCAAGCAUGAUCUACUGAAGAGGAGCAUCGCAGAAGGUUAUAGGGCAGACAUAAUGACCACAAGCCGUCGCCGGAACUCCCACAGCAGGCACCAGGACGCUGCGAAGGCCAUUCCACUGAUUGUAGAGAGCUGCAUCCGCUACAUUAACCUUUACGGUUUGCAGCACCAGGGCAUUUUCAGAGUGUCUGGCUCACAGGUGGAGGUCAAUGACAUCAAGAACUCUUUUGAGAGAGGCAACGACCCUCUGACAGACGAGGAGAACAACCACGAUAUCAACUCGGUGGCGGGUGUGUUGAAGAUGUACUUCCGCAACCUGGACAACUCGCUCUUCCCCAAAGAGAAGUUCAACGACCUCAUCGCCUGCGUCCGCACAGAGAAUUUGUACGAGCGAGCGCUGUCUAUUCGGAAGAUCCUGAUGACAUCACCACGGCCUACUCUUGUGAUCAUGAGAUACCUUUUUGCAUUCCUCAACCAUCUGUCUCAGUACAGCGAUGAGAACAUGAUGGACCCUGGUAACCUGGCCAUCUGUUUCGGGCCGACCCUGAUGCCCACGCCGGACCUGCUGGACCAGGUCUCCUGCCAGGCCCACGUCAACGAGGUCGUCAAGACCAUCAUCGUCCACCACGAGACCAUCUUCCCUGACACCAAAGAGCUGGAGGGGCCCGUCUAUGAGAAGUGCAUGAGCAGCACAGAGUACUGUGAGAGUCCCUACAGUGAGCCAGGAGCAUUUGAAGAGGGAGAGCAGGACGGUGGCACUGAGACACAGACCAGUGAAGAGGAGGGGGAGCCGGUGGAGGCCAUAGCUAAGUUUGACUACGUGGGGCGCUCAGGCCGCGAGCUGUCCUUUAAGAAGGGGGCAACUCUGCUGCUAUUCCAGAGAGCUUCGGAGGACUGGUGGGAGGGACGACACAACGGCACUGAUGGACUCAUACCACACCAGUACAUCACACUGCAGGAGGAGGAGGCCAUGUCAGACACUCUGAGUCAGAAGGCAGACAGUGAGGUCAGCAGCACUCCGUCAGAUGAAGUCAGCUCCAGGAGGUCCCUGACCUCCCCCACUGAACCCAGACUGCCAGAAACCUUCAUCAGCCGUCACCGGAAAAGGACGGAGGCUCUGCUGCGGCGUGUGCCAGGGCGCCUCAAUGAUGGGCACUGCCACGGGAACGGCCUGGAGCGCAGCUCCCCCCCAGUGACGGUCACUGUGACGGGUCACUUCAGUCCGCGGGAGCUGCUGCGUGGGCACUCUGGGCCCCAGGACAGCCCUGAACAGCUGCGCCGGCGAGGGGGUCACCCCACCACCACUGCACCCACCACGACCACCACCAACGGCACACUGAGCUCCAGCAUCAGCCGCCACGAGUCUCUGCGAAGGGAGAGAGAGACGGAGAGCCCCCCCAUCCGCCAGUCACCGUCGGCUCUGCACUGCAGCCUGCCCGAGCAGAGGGCACGCACGCUCAACCCACACACCAUGGCACAGGACAUUGAGGAGACCAUGAGCCUGGCCCUGAGUGAGCUGCGUGAGCUGGAGCGGCAAAGCGGGAAGCCGGCCGCACCGGACCUGGUGCUAGACACCCUGGAGCAGGUGAAGAGCAGCCCCUCAUUACCUUCGGGUUCCACCCCAUCCAGCCUGUCCAGCCCGAGCGACUCCCCCAGCCCGCUGAGCCCCCACAGCCCCCUGCCACCUCUCCCCCCACUGCCCGGACCCUCCUCGCGCCGCUGCCCCAACGAUCCUCCCGCCUCCUUCCUGCCAGCCGCCUCGCCCCGCAUGGGAGUGACGCUGCGCCCCCCGGCCCUGCGCCCCAAGCCUCCCGUGCUCCCCAAAGCCAAUCCUCCACCCUCUCAGCAGCCCCCCACCCAGCCCCAGAACUACCCUGCCGACAAGUCCGGCACCAUGUGAGCCCAGUCUUGUACGGGCCGAACCGGAGGAAACAGGGUCCAGACUAAAGCCUGAGAAUUGAAGUAGUUACGGAGGGUUAGACAGGGUGAUUCUGUUAAAUAAGCGAAUACACGGUAUGGCCGAUAGCUAGCUUAAACGCAAGAGCGGUCAGAUAGAGUUAGUCUAUGAUAUUAUAAUCAUUUAAUGUGUCGUCAGGGUGAUGUGUGCGUGUGUGCAUAUUCUCUAAAAGUGACUAGGACUUUAACUGUGUCUGUGUGUAGAUAUGUUUAUAAGGAACACAUUCAGAGACGGCGGAGAGAGAGAGAGAGAGAGACUGCUUGAGAUUUCAUGUACAGGAAGUACUGUUAUUCUGUUUGUCGGGAGUCUGGCCAUGGGAAAUGUAGGUUUUUUUGUUUUGUUUUUUUUGUUUUGUUUUUUUUGGAGUCCUCCUUCGGUGCAAUGUAUUUUUAGUGCUUUGAUUUGUUAGGCCUUAUUAAAGGGAUGUGUUUUCCCUGGCAAAAACGGGGCCAUUCUUAAAAGUUGCUGCUGCUUUCUUUCUGACGUUUUUAAGACUUAUGUUGUAGGAAGUGACACAGGUGCCUCAUGGGAAAAGGGUUAUUCACGUGUCUUGAUGGUGAAUGUAGUUUUUAAGCCACGCAGUGCACCUAUAGCCUCCGAGAGAUGAACGAGGCUAUUAAAGAACACCGAAUGUAUUAAAGGAGCAGUGAGUGUAGUUGUCUGUUAAAACAUAUAAAGUAAUACUAUAUCGCGUAGGUUUCUUUGACCUUUGGGAAAUGCUUUCCCGUCGUUGAGCGGUCAGUUCCAAUUUGUGGAAAGCUUCGUUUUGUCAGUGUUAUGACAGAAAUCCACUUAGUGCUCCUUUAACUGAAUGUUCCACGUUUAUGUUUUUUCACUCUAACACCACACCGAGCCUUUAUUACCAGAUAAACCUCCCCCUUUACCGUGGUACGCAACCUGAGGCCUGAUUGGACGCUGCAGGAAAAGGACAGAGGCCAGACGUUCUGAGGGCACAUGUGCGUACUUAAUAGCUUUAACGAGAUAUUACAAGGCACUUGCUGUGGAAAUGGGACUACACCCCGGGUCCUGAGGAAGAAACCGACGACGGUAGAGGCGGAAAAGCAUCGGCGGACCUUGGGACAGCAUGACCUCAGCCAUCGGGCCACGCCUUCCCUCAGGUUGUCAUGGUAAUGCUUCCAUUCUGCCACUGCUGCUCUUGUUAGAGGCCCAGUAGUGAUUCUGAUUUGUUCAGCCUGUACUUCCAGUGCGCGUGUGCGUGUAUGUGUACGUGUAUGUGCGGCGGACUCUCUUCUGGAGCACACUUUAAUAGUUCAUGUUUAACGGGCUCUCCUGUGUGUCAGCAUGCUUGUGCGUUUGGUGUUUCCACGUCAAAGUGCAGUCCGCUGCGCUUGGUUUUAGGGCGCUGAUGGAUUAUUCAUGCCUGCCAUGAGAGUGAGACCAAGAGUGAGCGGAGCACGUGUGCAGGCAGAGUGUGCGAAGGAGAGAGCGAACCGUGCCAACAUACAAGACCGACUGUUUGUUUGUAUGUGUUUGAGAGUGACUCUCCAAGUGUGUAGACGCGUUUGAAGGUGAGGGAGGACGGCGGACGUUUGAGCGCUUGAAAGACAGCGCGAGGCCAUGCGUCCACCAAACAGCCAUGUUUUCACUUUUUUAUGCACAAACGAAAUGAUUGUUUAUCACUUUCCAGCUGGUUCCUCUCCUCUCUUGAAGUUUUCUUUUCUACCUGCAAUAUUUUAUACUUAUUUAUUGAUCCUGGUUUUAAGUGGGUGUAGAUGUUUUUUUAAAGCCUCCUCGUUUCUACUGGUGCUCUCUCGCGUGACGGCGUGCGUGUUCGUCCCUGCGUUUGCUGCCGUUUCAAACUCUCCCCUCCUGCCCACCACCGACACACGCACACGCACGCUCUCUCUCACCCACAUACACGCUGUGUGUUCACGCGAAAGUGCCUUUCAGGACGUGUGAGUGGAGGAGCCUGUUCUGUUAGGGGAUGUGUGCUCCUGUCUUUCUCUGAAGCGUCGUUCCAAGAAUGAAACAGUACGACUAGAGCUCUUUCCAAACGUUUAGCCACCUUUGAAUGAAUUAUAAAUGAUGUACAUUUAACCCAUUGUGAUGUUGCACUUUUCAUGUAUUGGACUGUAUUUGGCAUGUAGCAUUAUAUCAUGUUCCAGUGCAUUUUAAGAAGGUGUCAAGAACUUGAAUGUCUUUGAAAUAAAGUAAAGUUCAUAUGUCUCA